AUGGCGUGGACGCUGAUCCUAGCUCUCUGCAACGGGGUGCUGGCCCCCACGAGCGCACUGGACGCCAUGGGCCCCCACGCAGCAGCCCGCCUGUCGGAACUGCUGACCCCCGAGGAGUGCGGCCACUUUCGAUCACUCCUCGAGGUGCCCGACCCCGACCUGGACAAGGAGCUGGCCCGGCUAUCUGAGGACAAGCUGGUGACGCCCGAGCCACCCAUACCCUCGUUCAGGGCGCAGGACUCGGUGGGACAACGGCGGCGGGCCGCAGCCACGCAGCUUUCGGAGGGGAGUGAGGGCGCGUCCGAGUCCGCGGACGUUUCCGACGGCUGCCGAGAGGCGCUGGCGACCUGGUUGGCCGCCCAAGCCCCGGCCCUGCCGUGGGACCGCGUGGCCCGAGCCCUACGGCGCAGCGGCCGCCCCGAUGUGGCGCGGGAGCUGGCCAAGAACCUCCACCAGCAGGCGACAUUGCAGCUGCGGAGGACGGGCGCAAGCUACCUGCAACAACUCAGGGCCCUAGCCCCGGUCCCGGGCCCCGCCCCCGCCCCCGCCCCCGUCCCCAAUCCCGGCGUCGGCUCCGCCAAGGUCCCUGCCCCAGCUCCGCGCGCCCGCCGCGCCGCCGUCCGGGAACCGGCCUGGGACCAGCUGGAGCUGAUCGUGGAGCGCCUGCCGCAGCCCCCGUACACGCGCAGCCCCUCAGCCUGGGCCGGGCCGCUGGCGCUCGGCCUCCUCGCCGGCUUCCUGGGCGCGCUGUGCACCGGGGCGCUGAUCACCGUGCUCACGCUGUGGAUCACCGGCGACGACCGCGACGGCGACCCCGCGUGGCCUCGUGCCCGAGGCCCGGCCGCCUCCUUCCGGCCCAGGCCGGCUCAGACGCCCUGCAGCUGGGAAACUCAGCCGCUCCUGCCUCGGUCCUGGGCGUCGCAGCCGCCCUCACCCCUCUGCCCAUCGCUGUGA